CAUCAUCAUGUUGUCAUGUCUCCUAGGUGGUCAAGGUGGGCCUGAUUGAAUCUGGGCCUUCUUCUACAGGCGACUCGGAGGAGGGCAUGGCGGUGAGCCUGGCGGUGCCCUCCACGUCCCCGCCCUCGCACGGGUCAUCCACCGGCAUGAUCAAGGAGGCUGCCACGCCCCCGUCCUCCCCAUCCAUGGGCACAGUGCUGUCUGUACAGGGGAGCCCCAGCAUGUCUCAUGGCGUGGACGCCAUCGGCCUCCAGGUGGACUACUGGCUGGCCUCGCUGGCGGAGAAGAGGAGGGAGGGCGAGCGGCGCGACACGGGCUGCAAGAACACGCUGAAGAGCGCCUUCCGCUCGCUGCAGGUCAGCCGGCUGCCAGGGGGGGGCAGUAACGAGACCCAGGCGCAGGUCAGCACCAUGGCCAUGACCGUCGUCACCAAGGAGAAGAACAAGAAAGUUCCCACGAUCUUCCUGGGCAAGAAGCCCAAGGAGAAGGACGUGGACUCCAAGAGCCAGGUCAUCGAGGGGAUUAGCAGACUCAUCUGCUCGGCCAAGCAACAGCAGACCAUCCUGAAAGUGUCGAUAGACGGAGUCGAGUGGAACGACGUCAAGUUCUUCCAGCUAGCUGCCCAGUGGCCUACCCAUGUCAAGUACCUCCCUGUCGGACUGUUUGGUUACAGCAAGCCCUCUUCCUAGGGUCAUGACCCCUGACCCCCUCCACUCCUCCUCUCCACGCCCUGCCUCUACCCACACACACACAGCCCCCCCCCCCCACCCUACCCGGAACCAACAUCGACCAAUCGUAGCGGAUUGUAAGGGGUUGGCAGUUUUAUUUGAUUUUGUUAUUUUCUUGCUACAUUCGUCUUGUUUGUCUUUCAGGAGGCAGGAAGGGGAUGUGGGAGUUGGAGCUCUAGUCACUUUAAGUCAUUGUUACGCCCCUUUUGUGUGUGUGUGUGUGUGUGUGUGUGUGUGUGUGUGUGUGUGUGUGUGUGUGUGUGUGUGUAUGUGUGUGAAAGAGGGGGCUUACAGCACAAGUUCAUUAACUGCCGUUUAAAAUGUACCUUACCUACGAGAUGCAUAAUGCAUGAGCAACUUUCAGAGUGCAAACUCCUAAACCUUUAACCUGCCGUUGACCUUUUGAACUUUAACCUCUCAGCCCCCUUCGCUAGGUCAGUCGUCCCCUGUCUUGCCCUGAAACCCAGAACCUGCAAACAGCCACAUACGGCCUAGCUAGCUGAGGCCUGAUCCAGACUUGCAUGCUGUGUGCAACACGCCCACUACGUGCCACAAAGUCACACACACACACUCGUACGAUGACGCCUGCUGGAUCCAAGAGGCACCUUACAAAGUAUAACGUGCAUGAAGAUUCCCUUGUCUAAGCGAGUUUUUUUUUUUCUUCAAAAACUCAAAAUCACUACAAAACACGUGUCAUCAACUGGAGGGGCUCCUGUUGUCUGUUUGGAUCUUGAAUCCCAGUGUGCUGGUGGCAGGAGUUUCCAUGAGCUUGUGUGUCUCCCCCCCUCCCCCCUCAAAGCACAAUGCCGCUUGCCAGCUCUCCACCCCCCCGCCCCCCUCCUCUAUUUGUUCUGCAACAGAUAGGCAGCUUUCACUUCAGUCAAUAGGUGGUUUACUGUGUCCAGACCUGGGUCAAACACACAAAUAUAAAAAUACAAAAAAAGAUGUAAAAAAAAUACAAAAUCUUAAUGAGGUGCGUUUGAUUUGACGCACAUGCCCACGCUCCUGGGACUGCUCCAUUGGUGUCAUUGUGCUAGGUUGUAUAAAUCAAGCGUACCCUAAGAGCAUGUGUGACUCUGGGCUGCUUGGGACUAGGGUGUUGUGGGGUGCCUAGUGAAUGUUCAGUGACAAGUGCGUGUGUUAACAAUUCAGUGUGUAAAUGUAAUAUGGUGACGAUUACUAAUAACCAAAUUUGGUUUUGUUUGUUUUUUUGGGGGGGUGGGGGUUAAUUUGUGUGUGUGUGUUGGCAGUGUGCUUGUGUAUUGAUAAUAUGGUCAAUAGUUACUAUUACAAAGGAGUUUAGGCUGCAGCCAGAAGUUUACCUUGUAGCUUGACACAAGACAACAUGUAGUUCUUCCCCUUUCAAGCUACAGUACUCCGUAACUCACAGUACUUUUCUUUCUCAAAGGAAAGUUGAGACUUGAGAUUUGAGUUUCACAUCCAAAGAAUUUGAAUUUAAACACAGGUUCAAGAAUGUAACUACAAAGUGCAUUAAAAUUAGUCAUAGUGAAUAGUUUGAGUUAACAAAUGGGUCGUGUGUUUGAACAAAUCCAAAAAGUACUUGGGUCCUUCUGUUUUCUGAAGUGGAAAUGUACCAAUCUUGACCUUUGACAUUUGAACUUGUGUCACCUACAAAGUAACACCUGCCAUCUGCCUUUCCCCACACUUGUGCAAAGUGAAGUAUUACGAAAAUAUUAAGUAUUACAAAAGCUUACAAAUGUUUCUUUUUGUCGUUGUUGUUAUUAUGGACUCUUGGAAAUUCAAUAGAAGGUGGUUUCUGCCCAUUAGAUGUUACAGUGUUGAAAGUGUGACGUCGAAAACUCCUGUCCAACUGUCCCUGUCCUCGAGGUAUUGUCCCCAGGAUGGUAAUGCUAAGGGGUUCAUACCGACCUCAACAAACACAGUCCACAAAAUUCACCUUCUCCCCUGUUUGAGGCACAAGGAUGUUUUCGAAAAGCCACACAGAAAGUAAAUUGAGUCUCUCAGAACCCGCUGUACUGUUCUAGAACACUCUGUUGUCUUCUGGAACAGCAAGUGAAGGUUCUCAAGGGAUGCACACUGGUGUCUUACAGCCUCUCUAAGAGCUUGGGAACUCUGUGCAACUCUCCUCUUAAGUAACAAAGAGAAACCUGGCCAAGUCGGCGGCACACGAACGCAGCCCUCCUGCCCCUACCUUAAAAGCUGCACCUCCAAAACUUAAUUGGACUCCGUUUAGUAACCGAGAGUGCAUGGGCUGGCCUGUGCAGCCUGUACCAACCUCUCUGGAGGUGUGUGUUGCUUUGUAGCGUUGUUGGUGUAGUUUGGUGUGUAAAGAUCAUAGUGUAUGCACGCCGGAUUCUCUUUGUAUUGCUGUCGCACCGUAUGGGAUCUGACUUUCAAAUGAUCGAACUAAAAUCACUGCCAAAAAAAGUCAAACGUUACAUUGAUUGAUGAUUGAUAUCACCCACAAUUCAAAAUGGGGUGUAGAAUAUAGAUGUUUGAUGUUUCGUAAUGUAUUUGGUGGCAAAAUAGAAACUAAACAUCCAUCCAAUACCUUCCCCCACCCAAAGUAUUCCUUUUCGAAUCCAAAACAUCCAAACAUCCAAAACAUCCUCGAUCACUAUUUCCAAAGUUUACCUAGUUAACCGUCUAGUUUUUUUUCUUGUCUUGAUUCCCUCCAUCUUUUAACUCUGUCUUUUCAUCUAUUAGUUUUCUCUACUUUGUCUUCGAUUACCUGGCUGUAUCGGUGUGUCCUCUGAUUAAUCUAUUGGACUUCCUGUUACCGUGUGUUGACCUGUACCCGUGUCCACCUGUGAGUGCGUGUGCGAUGUUGUAAUGGACGUUAAGUCUCUGACCAAUAAAGUGAGUGACAGAGAACUGUAUGAUCAAUCAAUAACCCUUUCAGUGAUCAACAGUCAUCUGUGUCUCCUCACUUCGUCACACAAAACGUUUUUUAUUCAUUCUACAGUCAGAACGGAAAGCAAGAGCGAGUCUUUGCUAGGAUCCCACAAGCUUAGCGUCUUGAUUCUAUCAUUCAUAAAGGAUCUCACCGCUUGUUGAACGCAGUGAAUCAGAUUAGGAAAACAAAGCAUUCAUGCGUUGCCGCUUGAUAUAACGGGAUUCUACGUCGGUGACGAAUAUUCUAAGUUUGUUGGUAUGAAUAGAGAGAGUAUUUUUUGCACAUGCCAUUUGUUCCUCAGCAAUCUUCAGCUUUUUGCCUUUUGCCUUUAAAAAUGAUAAUCUAAGAUGCUUGUACAUAUCAAAAUAGGUCUUGUACUGUAUUAUUUUAGUCCUUUUUUUUAUUUGACUUGUUUUGUAGUAAUGCUUUUUCAUGAUUACGUUGUCAAUCAAGAACUGAUGUGUGAUGGGUGGAAAAUGUUCAUUCUUUUGUUUUUUUAAAUAAAUACUCCUAAUUUGUA